AAUGAGAGACGGAUAUAUAUAUGUUUGAACUUUGUGACACCGUCACAAUUAUAGAUGUACACAUAUAUACAUUAAUAUAUUAUUGAUUUUGAACUUGUAUAUAUUCCAAAUUGAACGUUCUUGAAACCCCUAUAUAUAAUCCAGCACACUUGACACAAAUUCUCAAACCGAACGAACACACAAUUAAGCUCUAAACAAAAACCAAAAGAUGUCUCAAAUUCUCAUGUUCUUCGCCCUUAGCUUCUUCUCUUUAUUGUCAUCUCCUUCUCUCGCCGCUGAAUUUCAGGCCACCGGAAAUGCGACGUCGCCGUCAGAUGUAUGUCGCUUCGCGCCGGAUCCAUCUUACUGUAGAUCGGUUCUCCCAAACCAGCCGGGAGAUAUUUACACCUACGGUCGUUCCUCUCUAAGACAGUCCAUCUCACGUGCCAGGCGUUUCAUGUCACUGAUCGACGAUCAACUAAACCGGAAAGGCAAAGUGGCUGCUAAAUCAACCGUUCGGGCACUCGAAGACUGCAAAUUCCUGGCCAGCCAGACCAUGGACUUCCUCCUUAGUAGCUCACAGACUGUCGAUGCCACCAAAACUCUGUCGGUUUCUAGGGCUGAGGAUGUUCAAACUUUUCUAAGUGCUACAAUCACCAACGAACAGACUUGUCUUGAAGGUCUUACAUCCACGGCUUCUGAAAAUGGUCUCUCCGGUGAUCUUUUCAACGAUACAAAACUCUAUGGGGUCUCUCUUGCCCUCUUCUCCAAAGGCUGGGUGCCAAUAAGGAAAAGGUCGAGGCCUGUUUGGAACCGACAAGCCAGCUUCAAAAAGUUUUUCGGUGGUUUCCGUAACGGUAGAUUACCCAUAAAGAUGUCGGAAAGGGCUCGUGCUGUUUAUAACACCGUGACUAGGUCUGGGAGAAAGCUUCUUCAAACUGAAGAAGGCGCUGUUAAGGUGAGCGAUAUGGUGACGGUGAUACAGAACGGGACGGGAAACUUCACGACCAUAAACGAAGCCGUAGCAGCGGCUCCUAAUAAAACUGACGGUAGUAACGGUUAUUUCUUGAUCUAUGUAACGGCGGGAUUGUACGAGGAAUACGUGGAGAUUCCGAAGUACAAGAGGUAUGUGAUGAUGAUCGGUGACGGCAUUAACCAAACUGUUAUCACCGGAAACCGGAGCGUCGUUGAUGGAUGGACAACUUUCAACUCAGCCACAUUUAUUCUAUCAGGUACCAACUUUAUUGGCGUAAACAUAACAAUCCGCAACACGGCAGGACCAACCAAGAAUCAAGCCGUCGCAUUGAGGAGCGGUGGAGACUUCUCUGUCUUCUAUAGUUGUAGUUUUGAAGCCUAUCAAGAUACCUUAUAUACGCAUUCUCUCAGACAGUUCUAUCGUGAAUGCGAUGUUUAUGGUACGGUUGACUUUAUAUUCGGUAAUGCUGCGGUGGUGUUACAAAACUGUAAUUUAUAUCCACGUCAGCCCCGUAAAGGUCAGGCGAACGAGGUUACAGCUCAAGGUCGCACCGACCCGAACCAGAACACUGGAACUGUGUUACAUGGGUGUACGAUAAGACCCGCGGAUGAUUUGGCUUCCAGCAACUAUACAGUAAAAACUUAUCUUGGUCGGCCGUGGAAGGAAUAUUCGAGAACUGUUGUUAUGCAGACAUACAUAGACGGGUUUCUUGACCCGACUGGCUGGAACGCAUGGUCUGGAGAUUUCGCAUUGAGCACACUUUACUAUGCGGAAUACAAUAAUACUGGACCCGGCUCUAACACAACAAACAGAGUCACUUGGCCCGGUUAUCAUGACAUCACUAACGCUACUGAUGCUUCCAAUUUCACGGUCACAAAUUUCCUUGUUGGCGAGGGUUGGAUUGGACAAACCGGGGUGCCUUUCGUCGGUGGACUGAUAGCAUAAUUUAACUUUAUACUAUAAC